AUGAUGUCGGAUUCAAUCAGCAACAGUGAGGUUUUCUUCACUGCUAUGUCUUCUGUGAAACAGCUCCACUGCCGGACAUUCGCGCUCGUGGAAGCGAUCUCCGCCACACUACUGUGGACUCUGACCAUUGGGAUAUGUCUUAUCGGUUGGGCCCUUUUUGGUCGCCCGCUACAGGAUAGCUGUGGCAAUAGGAUUCCCAAGGGCCCAUUAGGCCUGCCUAUCCUGGGAUCGUUUCCCUUCUUGACCAGGUAUCCAGAGCUUACUCUUGAUUACUGGGCCAAGAAGUUUGGAAAUUUGUAUUCAUUCUGGUUGGGUAAUCGGCUGUUCGUAAUUGUGUCGGACCCUCAUAUUGUCAAAGAUUUGAUGGUCACCAAUGGCAGUGUCUUUUCAUCUCGGCCAGAUAUGUUUGUCAAAUGUCAAACUGUCUUCGCAGGCCGAGGCAUUGCCACUACUCCGUACAAUGAUCGAUGGCGUAAGCAUCGUCGGAUUGCACUAUCAUGGCUGAGCCAAAAGGCUGUCGACUCUCACACAGAGACGGUCGAUCGCGAAUCUAUGUCCUUGAUAAAAGCAAUGUUUGAUGGAAGUCAGCAAGGAAAGGUUCCUGUUCGCCCUCAUUCUCAGAUCGGUCGUUGUCUGUUUAACGUCAUGGCCACGAUCACCUUCGGAUUUCGGAUUGAUAGUAUUGAACAUCCUCUUAUCAUGCAAGCAUUAAAGCUGAAUCGCGAGUUCAUGAAUUGCACUGGUUCUGUUUCGAAUCUAGUUGACUUUGUUCCCCUGCUGCAGUAUUUCCCCACACCGAUGCACGAACGUGGCAAAAGGAUUCAUCGAGGACUAGUCAAUAUAUACGGAGGACUUUUCAAGAACGUCGAGAAACAACUUGAAGAAGGAAAGCCGGUUCCAGAUUGUCUUGGGAAGACUAUGGUCGAAAUCCAAGACAAAGAGCAGCUGGAUGACUUGGACAUGACGAUGCUUGCCUCAGCCUUCAUGCUCGCUGGUGUCGAAAAUCCAGGUGCACUCUUGCAAUGGUUUUCCGCGUUGAUCCCCACUUUCCCCGAAGUGCAGAAGAAGGCGCAGGCAGAGCUCGACCGGGUGGUGGGACGGGAUCGCUUGCCCACGAUUGACGACGAGAAAAGCCUGCCAUACUGUCGUGCCAUCAUCAAAGAAGUCGAGAGAGUCCACAAUCCAUUCUGGUUGGGAACGCCUCAUGCAACCAGCGAGGAUUUUGUCUGUCGGGGUCAAUUCAUUCCCAAGGAUACAGUGGUUAUUAUCAACACUUGGACCAUGCAUCACGAUCCUGUGAGGUAUCCCAUACCCGACCUGUUCAAUCCUGACCGGUAUAUCCACGAUUCCUUGAAGUCAGCAGAGAGCGCUCAUUUGGCUGACCCUGAGAAACGUGAUCACUGGAUGUUUGGUGCCGGACGUCGGAUGUGCCCCGGUGUAAAUUUAGCGGAAAGGGUGAUCUGGCUGUCCAUCUCUCGUCUACUCUGGGCUUUCGAUAUGGUCGAGAUUCCAGAUGAACCCAUCGAUCGGAAGGACUACGAUGGCAAGUCAGCUCGAUCGCCGGUGCCAUUCCGCAUCAAGCUGACACCGCGCCAUGCCAACGUAGCUAGAGUGCUGGAGGGUAUCGCGAUUUAG